CCGGUUUUCAUUCUCUGAGCGUAACUCGACAUGGCGAACUUAAACUCGAUGUACAACAACGUAUCCCCGCUGCAGUGCACGUCGCCGUUCCUUGGCGGGCCGCAGCUGACCGACGUGUGCUCGGCGAGCAACGGCGAGCUGUUCCUCGCCCUCCUCAACUUCUUCGUUGCCACGAGCCCGGUGAUCGGCGAGCCGUGCCAGCGCGUCCACUCCUCGAGGAUACCCGACCUCAGCUACGACUUCAUCGUGGUCGGCGGCGGAGCCGCGGGGGCGGUGGUCGCUGGAAGGCUGAGCGAGGUUUCGAAUUGGAAGGUUCUGCUUCUGGAGGCAGGCCCGGACGAGCCGGCCGGCGCCGAGAUACCUAGCAACCUUCAGCUUUAUCUAGGCGGGGAUCUGGACUGGAAGUAUUACACUACGAACGAGUCGCACGCCUGCCUAAGCACUGGCGGCAGUUGCUACUGGCCUCGAGGCAAGAAUCUCGGGGGAACGACCCUUCACCACGGCAUGGCGUACCACCGUGGCCAUCGCAAGGAUUACGAGAGAUGGGUCCAGCAGGGCGCCUUUGGCUGGAGCUGGGACGAGGUUAUGCCGUAUUACCUGAAAUCGGAGAACAACACCGAGCUGAGCAGAGUCGGGACAAAGUACCAUCGAAGCGGUGGACUGAUGAACGUGGAAAGGUUCCCAUACCAGCCACCUUUCGCUUGGAAGAUCCUGAAAGCGGCGGAGGAGGCGGGUUUCGGCGUUUCGGAGGACUUGUCGGGGGAUCGGAUAAACGGUUUCACGGUGGCGCAGACGAUAAGCAGGAACGGCGUGCGUUUGAGCAGCGCGAGAGCGUUCAUCACGCCGUUCGAGAACCGAAGUAACCUCCACGUGAUAGUGAACGCGACCGUGACGAAAGUGAGAACGUUGAACAAGAGGGCGACGGGCGUGAACGUGUUGAUCAACGGGAGGAGGAGGAUCAUAUUCGCGAGACGGGAGGUGAUCCUGUCCGCAGGCUCGGUGAACACUCCUCAACUGCUCAUGUUGUCGGGCAUAGGGCCGAAGGAACACCUUCGAUCCCUGGGAAUCCCGGUGGUGGUUGAUCUGCCUGGAGUUGGCGAGAACCUUCACAAUCACCAAUCGUUCGGCAUGGAUUUCUCGUUGAACGAGGACUUUUACCCGACCUUCAACCAGACCAACGUCGACCAGUACCUGUACAAUCAGACGGGCCCUCUAUCCAGCACCGGGUUGGCUCAGGUGACCGGUAUAUGGCACUCGAAUCUCACCACCCCCGACGACCCCGACAUACAGAUAUUCUUCGCCGGUUACCAGGCAAUUUGCAAGCCAAAAUUGAAGAUCGCAGAUCUAUCGGCCCACGACAAACAGGCGGUGAGAAUGUCCGCGUUGAACGUUCAGCCGACGAGCAAAGGUCGCAUCACGUUGAACAGCAAAGACCCCCUCGACCCGCCCGUCAUCUGGAGCAACGAUCUGGCCACCGAGCACGACCGCAGCGUCAUGAUACAGGCGAUCCGAGUCGUGCAAAAAUUGGUGAACACUACCGUCAUGAGGGAUCUGGGGGUCGAGUUUCAAAAGAUCGAACUGAAGCAAUGCGACGAGUUCGUCGAGGACAGCGACGAUUACUGGAACUGCGUGAUACAGUACAACACGAGGGCGGAAAAUCAUCAGACCGGCACGGCGAAGAUGGGACCCAGUUACGAUCCUAUGGCGGUCGUCUCUCCCCGGCUCAAGGUGCACGGCAUCAGGGGACUGAGAGUGGCAGACGCCUCCGUUCAGCCGCAGGUGAUCUCGGGUAAUCCUGUCGCCUCUGUCAAUAUGGUCGGCGAGAGGGCUGCAGACUUUAUCAAGGAGGAUUGGGGAGAAUUACUUCAAUUACUGUAAUCAUUUGUUGGAGUUAACUGUACUCGUGUUUUAAAGCUACGUAUAUAUAUAUAAUUAUUCUG